GUUAGGAAAUUAUUCCAGCAACGGCUAGUUUCCUCCUUUCAGUUUUCCUCAUCAAACCGACACAGUGCGCUGAACCGAUUUCAUAUGAGAGAAUUGGAGUUCUGAUUUGCCAAAUUUGGUCACCGGAAAAAAGAAAAUGAGUGAAUCAAUGGUGGAAACGGAGAGGUCGAAGGUAUGUCCUCCCUUGCCGCCACCUGCGCAACCGCCUCCUACUCAGAGACGGCCAAGGGUUAGGGAGGUGAGCUCUAGAUUCAUGACUCCUCCGCCGCCGCCUCCUUCCUCCUCCUUCUCCACCUCCCCUCUUCCCAACAGUAAGCACCGUUCCAGCUCUGUCCAUGAGCAGAGACAAACGGAGUCACACUCCGGUAGCGACGAGAACAGAGAUAUCAAUAUUCGCAGCCCAACAACAAAAAAACGCUCUGUUGUGAAGCUUUUCAAAGAACACGGCGGAGGCCCACCGCCACCGUCGACAAGAUCACACAGGCCGGACACCCCCAAUGUCACCACUUCAUCUAAAUUGCGACUGAUGCACCACCGCUCUAACCCCAAUUCCUCAUCUGCAACAAGACUCUUGCGCAGCUCCGGGAUAUCUUCUUCUUUUUCCAAUUUGGAUCUUUCAAAUCUAAGCGAAACAUCAUCGCCGUCGUCAUCGCCGUCAUCCCGUAGCUGCUCCACCACACAGUCUCCUCCCGAUCUUCGCUCUUCGAUGCCUGAGGCGCCCAGCGGAUUAUUGGUGGAAAGAAAUAUUAAUAUAAGCAGUUCCAAUUUGUGUAAACCCAAUGCCUCCCCCUGCUCUCGCUCCCUUGAUUUUAUAACUAGUGCCGAUAAAGCAGCUAUGAAGAAGAUGGCAGGGCAUCCUCUGCCUCCUGUCCCUCCCUGUGCAAAUUUCACUAGAAAGCCAUCAAAGAAAGCUCACAAUCAUCAAGAUGAUGUGCAUUCUUUGAGACUGCUCCAUAAUCAUUAUCUCCAAUGGCGAUACGCCAAUGCGAAAGCUGAACUCUCUAUUCGAGCUCAACGAAGAGAAACCGAGAGAACAUUAUACUCCCUCUCUCGCAAUAUAUCGGAACUAUACGAAUCUGUGCGACCGAAAAGAAUUGAACUUAAUCUUUUGCGACGGAGUAAAGCUCUAACAACAAUUCUUGAAGCUCAAAUGCCUCACUUAGAAGAAUGGUCGAUACUUGAAGAGGAAUAUUCAGCAUCUUUUUUAGAAGCAAUUCAAGCUUUCCAAAACAUCUCACUUCGACUUCCCAUCAGUGGCAGUGUUAGAGUUGAUGUAAGGGAAGUAGGGGAGGCAUUGAAUUCUGCAAUGCAGUUAAUGGAAUUAAUAGCUUUUCAUGUUCAAAGUUUUAUGCCUAAGGCUGAAGAAAUGGAUAGUUUGGUUUCAGAAUUAGCGCGAGUGACGGGAGGGGAAAGAGCUAUAAUUGAAGAAUGCGGGGAUUUGCUGUUUAUGACAUAUAAAUCACAGGUUGAGGAGUGCAGCUUACGUGGCCAGCUUAUACAGUUGAACCAAAUGAUAAGUCAGUCACAGACUCACAGUCAACAGAGUCUAGAUGAGCUUACAAUUUGCUGACGGUUUGCUAAGGAUCAUAAAAGAGCUGUUGAGUCAACGGAGUCCAGAUGAGCUUAUAAUUUGCUGAUGGUUUUCUAAGCAUCAUAAAAGAGCUGUUGAGUGUUGACUGUUGAAUUUUGCUCUAUUUUAAGACCUCUAAUCCUCAUGUCUAUGGCUUUGGGUUUGGGUUUAAGAUGAAAGAUUUGCCUUGUAAAUGGAGGACCCCAUUAAUUUUGUAAACAUUUUUUACUUUUUAGACAUUUUAAUAAAAAAUGAUUUAAUUUUCAA